AAAUGAUCAAAAUCAUAUGAGUAUUACUUUUAGGAAUAGUUUUGUUUCGUUAUACUUCAAUAUUUUAAUAGAUAUUAUUUAUUUUUAUUUUAUCUUUUAAAAUUCAAAUUGAUGUCUAACUUAUAUCUGAAUUGCGAUAAUGUUUAUAUAUUAUGGAAAGGAUUACAGACUUUAAGUUCUUACAAUGACAUUCUAUCCAGCAGUGCGGAUUCCAAAUCGGAUCCUUACUCACCGGAAGACAAUAUCAACGUAGUAGUGAGAGUGAGGCCGCUAUGUUCGAGGGAAGAAAAAUCCAACGAUGGAUCGGCAGUCGAUUUCCCAGGAAACGGUCAGAUAUUGCUGACCGGACUGAGCGAUGUUCCUGGAAUGAAAGGAACGAAAACGAAAGUAUUCUCUUACAACGUGGUAUUUGAACCUGGAGCGACGCAGGAAGAUGUCCUCCAAUAUUCGGGUAUCACGAGGCUGAUCGAGAUGGCCGUGGAAGGCUUCUGUGCCACGGCCUUCUGCUACGGCCAGACAGGAAGUGGGAAGACACACACCCUAACAGGCCCUCCAAAUCUGUUCAAAGGGAAGAAGGUAAACAUCAAUUCGCCCGACCACGGCCUCAUCUUCAGGUCCUUCCUGUAUCUCUUCAGGCUUCUCCAAGACAGGAGCAACGUCCAUUUUGUCCUCAAGGCUUCCUUCCUAGAAAUAUACAACGAAAAAGUAAUCGAUCUAUUAAACCCAGGCAAUGCUAAAAAAUCAUUAGCUGUCCGGUGGUCGAAAAAAUCUCAAAGGUUUUUCGUCGAAAAUCUUUUUACUGUAGACUGUGAAGAGCUCGACGAUCUGCUAGCAGUUUUAGAAGAAGGCAUGAGAAACAGAGCAUUCGGUUCUCAUUCCAUGAACGAUCAUUCUAGUAGGAGUCAUACGAUUCUUACGGUUUAUAUAACUUCUGAACAACAGAUGGAAAACGGUGUAUAUAUUACUAAACAAGGCAAGAUAAACUUUGUAGAUCUUGCUGGCAGUGAGAUGACAAAAAAAACUCACAGUGAGGGAAAAACUCUUGAGGAGGCUAAUAAUAUUAAUAAAAGUCUAAUGGUCUUAGGUUAUUGCAUUGCAUCUCUGAGCGAUAGUAAAAAACGAAACGGACACAUCCCUUACCGAGACAGUAAGCUGACUAAGCUACUAGCGGACAGCCUAGCUGGGAGUGGGGUCACUCUGAUGAUCGCCUGUAUUUCGCCUGCUCGGUCCAGUUUGACGGAAACAAUAAGCACACUGAGGUACGCUUCGCGUGCCAAAAAGAUAAGGAAUAAACCUAUUAUAGUGAUGGACCCGAGAGAAGCAUUGAUAAUAAGUUUGAAAAGAGAAGUGGAGGCGCUUCAGAACGAAAAUAACCACUUACGAGCUGCUUUGAGGCUCAGCGCGGACGCCAUUGCUAAUGGGCCAAGCCUUUCAGCUAGCAGAGUUCAUCUGAAUACGCCGCUCAAAGUCGACUUCGACCAUUUAUCUCAAAUGGAAAAAUCGGAAAUGGUAGAAUUAGUGAAGCAUUAUUCCAAUGAGAACAACGCACUAAGAAAAGAAAAUUCUGAACUCUUCGCUGUUCGAGACCUCCUGAUCCGGGAUCAAGAACUGGUUUGCAGAGAAAAUGAAAGGCUGCUUAAGAAGCUGGAAGAUGUCAAUUCAUUACCGAACCAAGCACCUGAAACCAUGAAAAUACUUAAUAAGGCCCUCGUUCAUAGACUGAAGAAUUUAUAACGACAAAACAAUUAUAAAAAAAAAUUAAAUAAAAUUGAAAUUUAUAAAUAAAAAAAUGAAAAACUUGUGUACCAUUUAUAUAUAUUUAAUAGAAAUAAAUAAUAAAUAAAUAAAUUUUAGAGUUUGUAUUCGAUCACCUAUUAUUCCUGCAAGGCCUGCGGCUUCGGCAGAAAUGUUAAAUUCUUCUUUUUCAUCGACAGACACAGAAGGAAGUCAAAUUUGGAUAAAUCCAAAUUCGCAAACGACUGGUUCAUUACAGGAUUUGAGAUCGACCCAGAAUUUAGGUAGAUCGGCGUACAGUGAAGAUAUGAGACGAAGCAAGAUUCCUCUGGCUAUUGAAAAAGAACUAGACAAAAGGCAGAUUGGUAUUAGGAACUUCUAGCUUUUAUUUUUAUUUAUUCAUCUUAUUUUCACACAAUUGAAAAAAUAUAUAUAAAUAUUUUAUUUAAAUAUUGUCCUACUAGAUUAAAUAUUUAAAUUCAAACCAUUUAAAACUAGUCAGUGUUAUUAAAAUGUAAAUAAAAACUACAUUAAAUAUAUAUUUUGAAUAAAGACAUACUUACAAAUGUAAAUAAAAGCAAAGAAUACGCUGCA